CAUGCUAAUGGCGCCCGCGCGGGCGGCUCGCCAUUUGGCGCUGUGCUCCGGUCGCCGGCGGAUAUCAUGAGCCGUGCCUGAUGAGCGCCAGGAUGACGAGCCCCGAGCCAACGGACGGCAGCCGCUCGGGCUCACCGGCAUCGCCCGUUCCCUCGGCCGAGGGUACCAACCACAAGCCUCGCCUUUCGUUCAGCAUCAGCCGACUGCUAGGCGACGACAGCGAACGGCGGCCCGACAGCGCUCUGCUCGGACCUUCGCCGCCGCUCGUGUCGGCCGCCGAGAUGCCGGCGCUGGUCGCGGCCGCCCACCUCAGCCCGCUGCACCUGGGCGCCAACGGGACGGUGAUCCGCGUGCCCGCACACCGGCCGGCGCCCAUGGGAGCCUCGGCGGCGUUCCCGUCCUUUCCAUGGAUUGGGCCCACGCACCCGGCCGUCAAAGACCGCCUCCAAGUGCCAUUCGGGCUGCCGAGCGCCAUGCCCCCCGUGCCGCCGCGGAGGAUCGGCCAUCCGUACCAGAACCGGACGCCACCCAAGCGGAAAAAGCCGCGCACGUCGUUCACGCGCAUGCAGAUAUGCGAGCUCGAGAAGCGCUUUCACAAGCAGAAGUACCUCGCCAGCGCCGAGAGGGCAGCUCUUGCCAAACAGCUCAAGAUGACCGACGCCCAAGUCAAAACGUGGUUCCAGAACCGAAGGACCAAGUGGAGAAAAAUCAGCCCUCUUUCAACCUACGCCGCAUUUCCUGAUGAUCUGCGCCAGACGGCGGAGGAGCGUGAGGCGGAGCGGCACGCGGCCAACCGGCUCAUGAUGUCGCUCCAGGCCGAGGUGGUCAGCAAGUCCAUCUACGAGGGCGCCCGGGACUCGUUGUGCAUGAGCAACGCCUCGCUGCACGCCCUCCAGUCACUGCAGCCCUGGGCUUCGGAGGCAGCCGCGGCGAACGCGCUUCACGCAAGCGCCGCCGCGGAACGAGGUGCGGCGGCCGCCGCGUACCUAGCGCAGUCGCCAUCGCUCACCUCGCAGCUCUGCUGAUGGGCCGCCGGCCAGGCUCUGAUCUCGGACUACGGGCAUUACGCGCUAAGCCACCUCGACGCGCCUCUGGGACAAAAAGUGUGCGCACCACGCGGAGCCGGGAAAGCACCGCAUGGUGGUUCGGUGCACGCAUUUGCAAUGGAUUCUCGAGUGGACUGCCCUAAGGCUUCGAUGUGACUGUGACUGUGUACGCGGGGAGGUCGUCGCUAUGCUGGCCACACCGACGGACUGCAUGCCGCGUCGGCUCUCCGCAUUCGCGGCCCAUCCGUUAGCUGCUUUUUCAGUGCACAUGUUAAGGCCUGCAGUGCACGCAAGCCGACCGAUGCGCACUCGGCGUACGCAAGCUGUGAAGUAUAGGGUGCGGAGGUGGGUGUCGCAUGAUAAUGUUGGCGCCAGAUCACAGUGAUCUGCACAAGAUGCAUAUUCUGGCGCCUUAACCGCGUGCCGACGUGCCUCAUCGACACAACAUGCUUUAAGUGAGCUUCUUCAGGCAUUUACUUAACCAAGAUGGCGGACCUCAUGCUACAAGUGCAACGAAUUCGAGACCGUAAGAGCUGAAGAGUGUUCCAGCGCAAUACGUUACACAGACAAGCGAAGUGGCACACACUUGUUUCUUGCGUCCACUUGUUUGUCCGGAUCCUUCAUUCCGCUUGAACGUUCUUCAGCAUGCCUUACCAGCAAGGCUUAUAGCCUUUACGGUGACAGAAACUGAUCCUAGUAUGGUGACACUAGUGCGUAACCCUCAGUUUCCUCAGUGCUGUGAGCGUGAUGUCCACUAUCACGGUUAAGGCAGUCAAGGUGAUUUCGACGGGCGGGGAAGCCAGCUUUACGAGAGAGAGAGAAAGGCAAAAGAAAGACAGGGAGGUUAAAGCUUUACGAGAACGUAGCGUUGUCCUAUAGCACCUAUUUUCUUGGCACGUGUAACUCCGUGUUUGAGCACUCCUUUGACCAUUGUGCUAGCGACUGUCGGCUAGAGUUUCAUAAUGAAGAGCACUUAUUAAGCAACCACAGCUCACCAACAUUGCUUUGUAAAUAUUAAGCAUUUAGAUUAGAUGCUUUAACGUAACUUGUGCUUUCGGCAAAGGAUGUUGACGAAUUAAAUACGUAGGACAGGAAGCUUUAUAAUUCUUGGUAGCUAUCACUCCUUUCUCAAUAAGCGUGCAUCCACUAAAUGCGGAAUCUCUAAUUUUAAGGUCCCGGUCCUCAAGCGUUCAGAGACCUUGUACCUUAAAAACAUACCUAUCGAAGUUAUAUUGAAGCACCAAUAUGAUGCGGUCCAUCCGCGAAGUCGCGUAGAGGGUUUAACUGCGCCUUAACUUAAAGCGACCAAGAACAUACAUACUGUCAUAUGCAAUAGGCGCACAAAAGAGUGCAAAGGCAGCGAGCAGGAUGACGCGCGAGAGAAUUAGUGCAGAAUAGAAAAAUAAACUCGAGCAGGGUGAAGCCGGUAAUACGGGGCGUGAGCAGUUGUUGUUUCCGGAGAGCCGCCGUGAGUGAAGCACGCAUAGCGCGACCUCCCCUUCGGCCUGCGUACCCGUCGCCAGCAGCUGUGUAUAGAAAGACGUCGUCAGCGCUGUACACUCAUUGAAAGUGCCAUGACAGCGACGCGAGGUGUGCAAGAACUGUGUACUAGUCCUCCACGAACACUCUCCGGGCCCGAAAUCAUACAGCAUCCGACGUCGCGAACCCCUUGCAAGAUGAAACCAGUGUCUUCCGCGUCAUGGGACUCUCCGGUGGUGACGACCGUGUUGCCACGCACUCAACACGUGUAAAGCGUUUUCUUGUUUCUUUGUCAGCAUUAUCAUUGUUCCUGUACCUCUGCGUGGCUUUCGGUUUCCUUUCGUGGACUGCGGACGUGACCUUCGUGGCUCUUCCCUCCUAAGGAAAAAAAGCAAGCACCGACUGACUCCCUUUCCUGUCAUUUCUUGUCGUGCUUUUUUUUUGUUCUCUUUCACGCGCCUGGUCCGUUCUGUCAUCAUUAUUACUUUUUUUUUAUCGGCGGCCAGCCCCACAGGCAACCGCUGCAGUGCGCGUUGGAGCCAAAGAAAUGCCAUAGAUGACGCCGAAGCAGCAUAAGGCGAUAUACUCUAGAGUGCGUGCCCCUAAAAGCCGUGUUUUUGUUAUCAGCCGCCGCUGUCUAAAGAGACGACCAUAUUGACUCCGGCUUCGGGAGAUGAACGCUUAGCCGCGUCUGAAGAUUUCAAGCCGCGCAGCAAGGCGUACGCCGGAUGGCUUCGGCGAUGUGGGGACAGUCGCCUCAUUUCUUGUUGGUACUAUUUUGCCCGUCCGGGUGCACCACGACUGCCGCUCUACCGGACAGUUUUGCAGGCGGGUACAAGUAGCCGCGUCACGAAGCCAACGAGUCUUGUAGAAUGCACUGUUGAGAGAUUCGCUGCAAGCGAAUGUAGCCUGUUAUGUACAUUAAAGCCCUUUUCUAGGCCGUGCUGUACCAUACGAAACCAUAUGAAAUGCGAAGAACCCGCUGGCAAACAAGUAAACAAUGAAUUUUUUCUUCUUUUUCUUUACGCCCAGUACUUUCUUAAAUAUAAAGAGCAGAGAUAACGAUCAAGGUAUUAAGACACGGCAGAGCUACUAAAAUAUGCGGCAUGAUUACUUCAAUAUUGCAGAGAAAUUCACGAACAGCAUAAAAUUGGCAGUUGAUAGUCAUAUUUAAAGCGUUUGUAUACAUAUUAAUAACUGCGCUGAAUAAGAUAGGCUUCCUAAAACGCAUUCUUCCUUAGGCGUUUAUUUGCUCUGACGGAGUUAAGGUCCGCACUGGAAUAAUACUAUUAUGCACGGCUCUCGAUCAGAAGGUUUAGAACGUUGUCAUGUAUUAUAUUUGUAAUAUUUACAUCAUAAUAAACUCAUUCCGUACGCAUGA